UAUUUAGAGAGAUGGUACACCCCCCUCUGAAUUCCGCAUUGAGCAACUUUGUUGCGGCGUUUCUUGUUUUUUUUUUUUUUUGGAUUUGUUUGGCUUUCGUCGUCGGCUAAUUGAAUUUGAUAAAAAGCCAGCGAAUGCUUUUAAUUGACCAAACAUUCAGGCACUCACACUCACACUCGCCAAUUAUACGGCUGAUAACCCAACCAAUGUGGCCAAUGUGGGUCUUUCGAUUGAGUAAGAGCGCUCUGAACUUCCGCCAGCGGAGUACAAACCCGUAUCCGUAUCUCAGUCCGGAACUGGAGCAGUCAGCACUCGGGAAAUUAAGCAUAUUGAAGACCAUAAAAGUCCACUUUAAUUAUAAAUCUUCCAGAUUAAUACGGACUUAAGCCACAGUUCAUGCCCCCAAUAAGACAUUACAUUUUAUACCAUUACAUUCUAUUAAAAACAAUAACAAACACAUAUUGAAAUUUUUAAUUAUAAAUAAAUUCAAAUGUAUUUAAAUAAUGAGCAACACUAAAAGGAGGACACACUAAAAAUUAGCCAACACCAAAGUUCAGAGUUGCCAACUUUUUCACACCACGUGACAUUUCGCUGUGUUCGCAAGAAAAAUUUUCAUUGCCUCGGCAAAAAUUCGAAGUGAAAGAACGCAAAUAAGUGCUGCAGAAAAUGUGUGAGAAAGCUAAGAAACUGGUGUUUGGGAACUGGAGGGACAACGAAGCCGAUGCAGAAAAGGUUCCGAGUUUGAAGAAUGCGAGUUGGAGCUCCAGCGAUUCUGAUACAAGCGGCCAGUCGAGGUCUUUACAAGCCUCCAGCUCUGUCUCCGCAUCCCACUUCGUUGCGGAAAGGCGUUUCGAAAUACGCCACGGAAUUCGGGGACAGAAACCAAAGUUGAAAGUCCGGAGCCAGAGUUCCAGUGGCCCGCGCUCUGCUCGCGGAUCUUUCAAGGCUACGUCGAAAAACAGGAGCAUGAGUGAAGGCAGAGGAAAAUUUAAUUUGCAGUCCAGUUCGGAGUCUUCUGAUUCCGGACCCGACUCGAGUUCCGGCUCGGAAUUGGAUUCGAAAUCCGGCUCGUCAUCCGAUUCGGAAUCCACUACGGGAUCAAGUUCUCACGGUACCGAUAUGGAAGGGAGACCACGACUGCAAAGCGCUGUUAUUCGCAUUCAAGAAACUUGGCAAUCGGCAAAUUCUUUCAAGUCCGUGAAAACCUAUCGUGAACAUUUCCAAUCAAGAAGCAGAAGCAGCAGUCUACCGCGCGUAAAGCGCGUUUGUCUUUCGACGCCCCAAAGAGAUCUGACGUACGGGAGUCCGGAACCCAAAAGUCCAGCCAAUCGCGGCCGCAAUUCCUGGAAGAAGAGUCAAUCGAGGAGCAUGAGCUGCAGCCCCAUUGCAAAGGUUUCGGUAAACCGCUCCUUGACCAGAAGCCGCAGUCCCCAUCGGAAUACUUGGUCGCAAAGCAAAAGCCUAAGUCCCCCCACCUGGAAGCUGCCGAUGGAUGAGGGGUAUAAUAAUGACGUUCAUUAUCGGGAACGCCACAAUAUCACCUUGACCAGCUGGGAUGGGCGAGCGCAUCCGGAGCCUGUGCUGAGUUUCGAGCGCAGCGGAUUCAAUGCAACCAUAUUACAGCAACUGGAGGAUCAAGGCUUUGAUGCGCCCACGCCCAUCCAGGCGCAAACUUGGUCGAUUGCCGAGGAGGGCAGAAAUAUUGUGAUGAUUUCUGGAAAGGGCACGGGUAAAACAUUGGGCUAUCUAUUGCCGGGCAUAAUGAACAUAGACAAUCAGCGCGGAUUAAUGCAGCGCAAGAAAGGACCCAUUGUCUUGAUUUUGGUGGACGGCCGUGAUGCUGCUAUGACGGUCCAAAGAGAGGUAUUGUACUAUUCGAAUCCUCUCGAGCUUAGGACGUAUUGCCUCUUGGGCGGCAGUCAAUGGCAAUGCCAUGCCGAAUGCGAUCUGCUGGUGGCCUCUGCUGGUCGCCUGCUGCAAAUGCUAGAUAACAAAAAACAUGUUGUCGAACUGGAACGCUGCACCUAUUUGGUUGUGGACGACAUUGACCGCAUGAUUGACGUGGGCCUAGAGGGUAGCAUUUGCCGGCUACUAUGCCGUCUACGUAAACGUGCCCAAUUGGUCGUCACCAGCACCUCGUGGUCAUCAAAUCUGAAGCGACUGGCCAAGAAGUUUAUGGGUCAAUACACCGCGAUUCUCGUGGGUCAAGUUAACGAUUUAGGCAUGCAAUUGCAGAACAUCCGCCAGCGGGUGGAGGUAGUCAAUGGGCUAUUGAAAAUAGAUCGCCUUAUGGAGGAGCUGGCUGCCAUUUACGAUACGAGCGAUAUUCCCGGUAAAGUGGUGAUCUAUGUGAAGCGCCAAAAGGUCGUGGAAGAACUGGUGGACUUGAUACGGAAAUUUGUGCCCUGUGAGGGCAUCCAUAGUGGAUGCACUGCCCAGGAGAGGGAGGAAAUAAUCCGUAAUUUUGGCUCUGGCGCCUACAACAUCAUUGUGGCCACGCAAAUGUCUUCGACUUACUUGGAUGUACCAGGCAUUCGUUAUGUGAUCAAUUACGAUUUCCCGGACACCAUUGAGAAGUAUGCUCAGCGCUUGAGCAGAUCGGGAUGGCUGACGAGUAACAGUAACUGCGAGGUCAUUAGCUUCUUUACCAGAGCAAACUAUAGGCUCGUCAUGGGCGUGGUCGCUUUUCUCAAGGACUGUAAACAAGAAAUUGGACCGCAUCUUCUCCAGAUCGCUGAAGAAAAGGAGUUUGGUCCCCGUCAACGAAAGCGCCAUCGUCCGCCACGCUACAAUCGCAAGCAAUAGGGUCAAUUUCGAUAUGGCGAUAUAACGAUAUAUAUCAUUGGCAAAAAUUUUGAUGAUUUAACUACAAUUGUUAAUAUAUAAUGGAUUUAACCCUUUAAAUGUUUAUUAUACAAUAAACUGGGCCAGUUUAAACAGUUUUUUCUCUUUUUGGGGCAACUACAAAAUGGGCUAAUGACGAAUGGGAGGGGCAUGGAUGGCACGUCCGCAAAGAAAGUUGUGCAUCCAGAGCUCAGGAGACGUGACGUUAUGCAAGUGAAGAGCAGCAAACUAAAAUGCAUGGCAGCGCAUCAAUAUUCAAAUACGGUUUCAGUUCAUAAUAAAUCCCUUAUGAUAUUUACAUGUUUAAGAACUACAGCAAUUCACAGAGAAUAUUCAAACAUAAUUCGCUUAUUUGCAAUUUAUACCACAAAUCGUUUUCUAUCGUUAUAAUGGUUCAGUAAAUUGUGGAAAUCCGCCUAGAUCUCGAUCCAUAUCGAUUCAUUUGGCUUCUGUCACCGAUUCGCUGGUUCGCCUACCGUCCAAAUUCUGACAUAUAUGGGUCAAUAUUUUCUAUGCAGCCAGCCAACCCCCUUUUGGCCCAUUGAUUGCCCGAGUUAUUUAGUUGUUUGCGCCAAAAGCAAAUGGAAAUGAAUCAAAAUUCAUUAGAGGUGAAUUUAUUGUGUUGGCCAUUUGAUUUCGGUCCCAGUCGAGAUCAAAUUUCUGGCCAAUCGAUCGGCUGGGCUGUUUUCGUUAGCCCGAUUGGGGUGUGAAGGGGUUGUGUGUAUCGCGGCUAUAUCUACAACAGAUAUCACAGGUGGCUCGGCUUGCAGCUGAGUUUUGUUCAGACAG